CCUGUCAAAGGCCUGCACGAUGUCAAAUAAUCAUAAUGUAGCCGGAUCAUCUCAUGUUCCAAAGCUAGCACCACCAGAGAAACAAAUUGAGAAUCAGGCUGGAGAUACAGCUGCACAAUCCUCAGUGACCUUCAUCUACCAAGCUAACAUAGCAGAUAUGAGCCGCAAGGUAACACUUUCAUGGUUCAAAAACCCCACCAACCAUUACUUUAACUUCAUUGUGGAAAACCCUUCCGACGAGAAAAAUCCUUACACCUGCAAGAUUGAUUUAAAGACAUGGCAGUUUUGGGGUAAAAAGGGUCUCAAGAAUAUUAACAUAGAAGGCAGACUGGUAGAAGUUUAUUGGGAUAUUAGACAGGCAAAAUUUUCAACCAGCCCUGAGCCAUCCUCUGACUAUUAUGUAGCCAUUGUUGCUGGAGAAGAGGUGGCUGUGUUGUUAGGAGAUUUGAAGGAAGAAGCUUAUAAGAGAACCAAGAAAAGACCUCCCUCAAUAGAACCUACCUUAAGAUGCAAGAAAGAGCACGUGCAAGGGAAAAGAUUGUUCUGUACAAGGACAGCAUUAGCCGAAGGGGAAAAGGAACAUGAUAUUAUGAUUGAGAAUUCAUUAUCCGGACAUGAUGAUCCAGAGAUGUGGAUUAGCAUAGACGGGACAGUUGCAAUCCGAGUCAUGAACCUGCAUUGGAGGUUCAGGGGAAAUGAGACAGUUCUAGUGAGCAAUACACCAAUAGAAAUUUUCUGGGAUGUGCAUGAUUGGCUAUACAGUAGUGCUGGUGAUGGUCCAACCCAUGGCUUGUUCAUUUUCAAGCCAAGCACACCAUAUUCUGAAACUGAUAGGAAGUCUGAAGCAAACAAGAUUAUCCCACAUGCAACAGACUUCAGAAAAUUACGGGCCAAUUUUGAUGGUAGAGUCAGUAGAGGCCAUGAUAAGGAAUUGAGUUUGAAAAUGGCGAUUCUCGCGGCUAGCAUCGGAUUCAAAGUCUCGUUCGGACUUCAGUUUCGGUUUAUGUCUGCUUCCAGCCCCAGGGCAUACAGAAAUAGAGCAGUGUUCUGUCUGAAAGGGAAGGACUAUAGUUCAUCAGGUCCAGUUAGGUAUAUACCUAAGAAAUCUUUGAAGCCUAAGGAGCCAGAAAAUUCUCUGCCUUUGAAGAAAAAUGACAGCUUAAAUUCAAGUGCAUUGAAGGGCAGCAGAUCGUUGGUUCCAGUAAGGGAUAAAACUAAAGAAUCUUUGAAAUUUACUGAGGCACAAAAUUCUUGCUCUUUCGAGGAUUUGAGGAAAACUAAGUCUUGUGACAGCUUGGAUUCAGCUGCAUUCAAGGGUGGUGGGGACUAUGGUUCAUCACUUCCUGUUAGUUAUACUGCUAAGAAAUCUUUGAAAGCUAAUGAAACAGAAAAUUCUCAGUCUUUGAAGGAUUUGAGCAAAAGUGAUGGUUGUGACAGCAUGGGUUUAGGAGCAUCCAAAAGCGGGGAUUUUCAUGUUGCAGUAAGGUUGACACCUUUGGAAGCUAAUGAGCCAGAAAAUACUCUGCCUUUUAAGGGUUUGACUUUGAAGGAAACUGAGUCUUGUGACAACUUGGAUUCAAGUGCAUUGGAGAGCAUGGACAAUAGUUCAUCCAUUUCAGUUAGGCAUAAGAGAUAUUUGGAAGCUAAUGAGCCACAAAAUUCCCUGUCUUUGAAGGACUUGAUGAAAGUUGAAUCUUGCAACGACCUGAGUUUGACUGCUUUGGAGAAAGCGAACAGUUCAUCAGUUCCAGCAAGGUAUACAUUGAAUAAAUCUUUGGAAGCUAAUAAACAAGAAAAUUCACAGCCUUUGAAGGAUAUGGGAGAAAAUGAGUUUUGUGACAGCUUGCAUUCAAAUCAGUUGAAGGGUGGGGACUACAGUUCAUCAGUUCCAAUCACGAGAACAACUAAGAAAUCUUUAAAAUCUAAUGAACCAGAAAAUUCUCCACCUUCGAAGGGUUUGAGGAAAUAUGAAUCUCAUAACAGCUUGGAUUUGAGUGCAGUGGGCAUUAAGGUCAUGAACAACGGGCCUGGUGUAGCACGAAGUAUUACGUUUCUUGAAAGGUCACAUAAACGAAAUGCUGUCCACAAGAACAACAUAUCACAUGAUAAUCAAGUCUUAGAGGAAGAAAUUGUUGAUGAUAUGGCGGUUAUGGGCAAUGAAAUCAUGGAAGAAUCAGAGGAGCUUGGUCAGGAGAUAAUGAUCAACCAAGGGAAGGAUAGUCUUGAAGAGAAAGUGUUACAAGCUGGUAAGACAAUGCAAGAUGUUGAAAACUUGGCAGUUAAACUACUUGCCUUAAGAGCAUUUACAGCAGUUGAGCUGAGAAAGAAACUGCAAGGAAAGAGAUUUCCUCCAAAUAUUAUUGAGGCAGUGGUAAAAAAUUUCCAGAGGAGGGGGUUGAUCAAUGAUGGCUUGUAUGCGGAAGCAUUUUCCAGAUCUCGAUGGUCUUCCUCAAGCUGGGGCCCAAGGCGGAUUAAGCAAGCAUUGUCCAACAAGGGAAUAAAUAAGGUAGAUGCAGAUAAGGCAAUAAGAUUGGUUUUCGAGGAUGGCAAAUCUAGUGGUGAUCAAGAAUCUAACAUUGGCAUGUCGAAACUUUCCAUGGAUCACCUACUCAUUCAGGCGUCAAAACAAUGGCUCCGAAUUCAAGAUGUUCCCAAAGAGACACGUAAAUCAAGGAUGAUUAGAUGGCUUCAAUACCGUGGUUUUAACUGGGGAGUCAUUGGUUUCAUAUUGAAGAAGUUGGAAUCUCAAUACCCUCCUUAGUCUUGCAUUAUGAUCUCUCUUUUUACUAUCACGCGUGGAAAGCUCUUGUGCAUCUAAAUGAAAGCCAAUGCCCAUCACUUCAAAUGAAAGUUGUGACGGGAUAGGAUUCAGCUGCCUUUGGCGUAUAUUGCUUGGAUGAAGCUAGUUGUUGUUGCCAAACUUCAUCUUCUGUCGGCAUAACUUGUUGCUUUCUGAGGUACUUCUGGAGGGAUAUAUCUAAAUUUUAGAAUGGUCCAGUAAAGACCACGUACAUUGUUUAGAAAUUGAUUGGAUCCACAAAUUUCUUUUCACUGAAUUUGGAGAUAUUCCUUUCUAUUCAUAUACUGGCAUAGUUAUCAUCUUACUGAUCUGUACUCGCAGAACAAAAAUUUACUGCAAUUGAUAUGUGUUUUUAUUGUUGUUUCCUCAAGAGCCCCUCAAGUUGUUGGACCAAAUAGAGACAACGAAAGGAUUCUAGUUUUCACUUUCAAACUAUAGAAAACACCAGUAUCCAACUGAAGACAGAUUGAGGAAGCAUCAAUCUUCAGAGGGUAAGAGCUGCACUCAAAUCAAGUUAUCUUCUCCAACAGGAACAGGCCUGUAUUAUCCUGAUCUUGUGGAUCUUUAUUCUCCUUACAUGUGCAUCCGAAUUCUUUGUGGAACAGUUGUUCUGUUUUAUUUCAUUUUUGUACAUGGUAUAAUAGUCUUGCUUCUAUCAUGUGGUGCUGAUUAGGACAUACAAAGAUUCCCUUAAAAACCAAGGUGAAGACCUUUUAUUUUGCUGGGAAGUCUUUUUCAGGCAGCACAUAGACAUGUGGUUGUGAGCAGCAUAGGCUGGGACCAUUUGUUCUCUCCCUUGUUUUAAGACAGUGGGGAGAGAAAAACAGAGACUUCAUUCUCUGGCAAUAAAUUCUUCCUACAUAA